UUGGGCAUCAUGGCUGCCUCCGUUUGUUGUUGUUGAAAGAAUUCAGUUUAUAUCCCAUUUAUAUCGUGUUUGUAGAUCACCGGUUAACCUUAGUUCUUAAAUACUAUAAGAGAUUAUGGGUGGGCCUAUGGAGAGAUUGCAACAGUUAGAGAGCAUCGAGAAAGAUAUUGGAAAUGUUCUACAAUGCGCAGGAACAGCACUGCAGGAACUUUCCAAAGACAAGCCUAGUAUGAAACAAGUUGAAAGCCACACGUCCAGUUUUCUGAAGACCUUGGAAAUAGUCGAAAGUGGAUUGUCGAAACAAAUUCAGUAUCUCACUCAGGUUUCUACAGGUCAGUCGCACGAAGGUUCUAGCUACGCCGCGCAAAAAGAACUGCAGAUGGCGCUGCACCGGCUGGAGCAUGCGAAAAGCCGCGUCCUCGACCUUGAGCGUGUGUCGGCGCGCCACGUCCCACUGCAGCCGCCCGCGCCGCAGCAACCGUCGACGCCCGCCUCGGCUGAGAUGUAACCGUGAUGACGACGUGGCAUGUUGAGAUCGUGUCGGUAGCUACGUUCCACGAGUCUUCAGUGUGGAACUUUACGCUUCGCUGUCAGGUGUGAUACGCACUUGAAGCUAGCGAACAGUUGUGGAUGUUGUUGGAGUGCCCGCGGCAGAGAUGUAACGGUGACAGUGACGACGUGUGAUCGUGAUAUUGUAAAGGCUUGCCAGUAGCUAAGCCUACGCGCCACGAGUCUUCAGUGUGGAACUUUACUCUUCACUCUCAGGUGAGGUGUGAUACGCGCUUGAAGCCAGUGAACAGUUGUGGGUGUUGUUAGAGUGGCCGCGGCAGAGAUAUAGCGUUGACGACGACGAACGUUCAACGGUGACGGUGAGAGAUCGUGAAGUCAUAGACGCUUGUGGUUGUCUUUGCUCCACGGCACUUUUCUACGUGUGAUACCCGCCAGGAGCCGGAAAACAAUUGUGCGUGCUUUCACACUGUCCGUCGUAGCGGCCUGACUCUCUGUCUACAUAUACGUACACGGCCAAAGACAGAAAACAAUUGUGCGUGCUUUCUGACUGUCCGUCAUAACGGCCUUACUCUUUGUCUACGUACACGUACACGACCAAAGACAGAAAACAAUUGUGAGUGCUUUCUGACUGUCCGUCAUAACGGCCUGACUCUUUGUCUAU